CUGUGAGAAGCAUUUUCCCUGCCACACUGUCCCAAGCAGAGUGGGUGCUCAAGUGAGAGGGCAAGCAGAAAGCUGGUGUCUCAUGAGGCGAUCGCGCAAACCUGGGUGAUGAGCGUCUCGGACACCGCACACCAUCCCUCGGACCUGGAGCCUGUCUCCCUUCCAGUGCAGAAGGACAGUCUUGGACUCCCUUUGCCCGCCCCGAGAACCCCCUCCUGGCCUCCCUCCCCACAGGAGGAUCCCGGUUUGCCUUCCUUUCCGCUAGAAGAGCCUGGCCCCAGGCCUCUAGUCCCAGGAAACCCCUCUCCAGCCUUGGAAGAGGAGGAGGAAGAAGAGGAUGAGGACGGUGAAGACCAGGUGGAGCCCGAGGGGCUUCGCAGCGAGGAGCACCCGAGUCUGUUUUUCGCUGAGGCGCGAAGGCUGCGGGAGCAGAGGUUGUUGCUGGAUGAAGAGGUGUCAGUCGGGGGGCGUGUGUACGGGGUGCAUAGAGUGAUCGUGGCUGCAGUCAGCAGCCUCUUCCCAGGCCGGCUGAUGGGGGGCGGAGGCCCGCGGCCCCCCCUCACCCUCGAUGUGGCUCCGGGGGCCUGGGAGGCCGUGCUAACCUUUGCCUAUGAGGGGGUGCUGGGCCCCGCCCCGCGGGGGGAUGUCCUGGCUGCAGCUGAGGUCCUGGGAGCGCCCCGAGUGAAGGUCGCGGUCCAGCGGAAAAGCCAGGGAACUGAAAACCGCGGAGAGAAUGAUAAGACGCCCAGCCAGGCAGAGGAGCUGAGGGAGAAUCUGUGCAGCAUCGAGCUCUUGUACCGAGAGGGCGUCGGAUGCGACCUGGAGCUGGAGGCGGGCGGCUGCCGGCUGCGAGUGCACCGAGCAGCCUUGGCCUGUGGUAGUGAAUUCUUUGGGGCUAUGCUUCUGAGCGGGAUGAAGGAAUCCCAGGGCACGGAGGUAUUUCUGCGCACCAUCUCUAGCCAGGACCUGCGACUCCUCGUCUCGUUUGCCUACUCUGGGGUUGUGCGAGCAAGGUGGCCAGGACUGCUGAGAGCUGCCCAGGCUGCUCUGCAGUACCAGAGCUCUUCCUGCCUGGAUUUGUGUCAGAGAGCCUUGGCCCGGGGCCUCAGCCCUGCCCGUUGCCUGGCCCUGUUCCCCAUGGCUGAAGCCCCCGGGUUGGAGAGGCUCUGGAGCAAGGCCCGUCACUACCUCCUCACACACCUGCCUGCUGUGGCUUUGUGCCCCACUUUCCCUUCUUUACCAGCUGCCUGCUUGGCUGAGCUGCUGGAUAGUGAUGAGCUCCAUGUGCAAGAGGAGCUGGAGGCCUUUGUGGCUGCACGACACUGGCUAGCUGCCAACCCUGAGACCCAGGAGUCAGAAGCCAAGGCCCUGCUGCGAUGUGUUCGCUUUGGCCGCAUGUCCACCAGGGAGCUGCGGAGGGUGCGGGCAGUUGGCCUACCCCCACCCCUGCCCCCAGACUUGCUGUACCAGCUGCUGGUGGAGGCUGAAGUCCCAGGACAGGAGAGGUGGAGGGAGCCUGACCGGGCACUGGUGGUGAUUGGUGGGGAUGGGCUCAGACCAGACAUGGCCCUAAGGCAGCCUUCCCGAGCAGUGUGGUGGGCCCGGGCCUUCCGCUGUGGCAUGGGACUGGUACGAACUGUGGAGUGGGGGCAGCUGCCUGCCCUGCCUGCCCCAGGGCGAUUCCGGCAUGGGGCAGCAAGCCUGGCAGGAAAUGAACUCUAUGUGUGUGGGGGACAGGAUUUCUACAGCCACUCCAACACCUUGGCUUCAACUCUCAGGUGGGACCCCAGUCAAGAGGGCUGGGAGGAGAUGGCUCCUUUGUGCCAGGCUCGGAGCUUUUUCCCCCUGGUGGCAUUGGAUGGACAACUUUAUGCCCUGGGUGGAAGAAACAAUGGUGUCGCCCUCGAGUCUGUGGAGACAUAUAACCCUGAGCUCAACCUCUGGAGGCCAGCACCUGCACUUCCGAUACCAUGCUUUGCCCAUGCAGCUGCCAUUUUGGAAGGCCGAUUGUACGUGAGCGGUGGCUGCAGUGAGACAGGACAAUACCUGGCCUCGCUGCUGCACUAUGACCCCAAACUUGAGAAGCCAGAGACAUUUCUAAGCCCUAUGGGGGUACCUCGGGCUGGCCAUGUCAUGGCUGCUCUGAGUGGGCGAUUAUAUGUAGCAGGUGGUCUAGGUGAGACUGGGGACCUGCUGAGCUUUGAGACCUAUGACCCAAGGACUGAUAGUUGGACUCAUCUGGCACCCCUGCCCUCCCCCCAUGUGGGAGCUGCAGGUGCCGUGCUGCAGGGGGAGAUACUGGUUCUGGGGGGCUACAGUCACCGUACUUAUGCCCUCUCCCACCUCAUCCAUGCCUAUUGUCCUGGCCUGGGCCGAUGGCUCUGCCUGGGCACUCUGCCAAGGCCUCGGGCCGAGAUGCCUGCCUGCACCCUGACACUGCCUGCUGUGAAGCACAUAGCUUUGGUUCCCACCCAGCACCAAACCAAGCCUGCUGGGUGAGGAGAGAGCAGCAGUGUGUAGGGGGAGCAAGGGAUAAGACAUGAAGGAAGGUCAGAGAAUAUGGGGGGAGAAAAGAGAAGGCUUUAUUCUUGAUAGGAUUUUAUCCUCACACAGUGCCUUACAGCUCAUAAACUGCGUCUGAAUAUAUGAUCUCCAUUGAGGAAAAGGUGGUUCCAGAACUCCUGGGGAAGGGGUACUGGGGAAGUUGGGGUGUUGAGGCUGCUGAAUACCUGGGUAAGGAGAAGAAACCCAGGGGCAACCCUACAAGGCUUAUGGAUUCUCCACAUGGAAGGUGCAUCUGAUUGGGGAGAGAGUCAAGAAGCUCCAGUUGCCAAAGCACAGGGGCCAUGAGAAGACAGAAAAUGAUUCUGACCCAUGGACCAAGGGGAAAAUGUGGAAAGGCCAUCCAUGAAAGAGUUUGUGGAUGUGGGAGGAAAUUGCUAAUUGUUCAGUCCUUCACUUUCCAAGCACGUGUUCCUCUCUUCUCUCCCAUCCCUGGAAUGUUAAACCCUUGUGAUGAUAUUCUUUCUCAGGUACCUUUGUAGGCCCUGUCUUGUAUUUCUCCAGCCCAGACACUGCAGGCCACCCCGAGAGCCUCUUGGUUUCCACUAGAAGCAGACGUUCCCAUCUGGACCUGGACAGCACAGGGCCCUGAGCCAUGUGGUGGGCCCUCCAGGGCGAUGAGGUGCAAGUGUUGUGUUUGGGAAAGAUGAGGAGGGGCCGAGGAGGGAGGUGCUCCUGGGAGAAAAGGGCUGCUAGAGGCUUGAGAGUAUGCAUGCGAGGUGGAAGAAGGCACCCUUCCUUUUCUUUGGGUGAGCUGAGGGAUCAGGAGUCAAAAUAGUACGGUUGUGGCGUGAGAUUCCAAGUUGUGAGAGAAGUGGUUGAUAGAAAAUUGAGACAGAGAGGAUUCAGAAGAGAUGUUUAUUCCUUGAAGCCCCUUUCCCCCAGAGUUUUUUAUUUUUAAAUCCAUUUCCCUAUUUCUUGGCCAAGGGAAGUUGAGUCAGAUGCUUCCUCUCUCCCUUUCUCCAACCUACUCUUCUUUUUUCCUUCUUUCUUUUCUCCUCUCCUUUCUCCCUCACGUGGUUAACUACCUAUUGUAUGCCAAGCACUGUAUAAAGCACCAAGAGCCCAGCAAGCAGACUUGUAAGCAGACUUUGCUGGACUUAGAGGGAUGGCCCAAGUCCUGGGAGAACCGAGAGGGUGGAGGUGGGAAAGCUGCCCAGGGAAGGUGUCAUCAAACGGACAGCGUUUGAACUGGAUCUUGAAGGCUGCCUAGAAACUCACCAGUUA